AUGGCCGCGACCGCACAAACCGUAGAUACCACAAAGCGAUUGGAGGCGUUGCGGCGACUGAUGUCGUCGCCUGAAUUUAACAUUCAGGCGAUCGUUAUACCCAGUGAAGAUCAACGCAACGAGUACAUCGCCGCCUGUGAUGGCCGUCGUGCUUUUAUCUCUGGCUUUGAUGGAUCUGCAGGUUGCGCGGUGGUCACGCCAGACAAUGCAUACCUGUUCACGGAUGGCCGUUAUUUCUUGCAGGCGGAGAAACAGCUAGAUGCGAAUUGGAGCCUCAUGAAACAAGGCCUGCCAGAUGUACCGAUAUGGCAAGAUUUUCUUUACAAGAACGUGGCGAAGAACUCGCGCAUCGGAGUCGAUCCUACUCUGGUCACCGCCGCCGACGCUGACGCUAUCCAAAAAUCGCUGAAGCCAUGCGAGUCAGAGCUUGUCUCUCUCAGUCGCAAUCUCGUCGAUCUUAUUUGGACAGAACGCCCUCCGCGGCCAGCCCGGACAGUUUUUCCUUUGGACGUCGAGUAUUCUGGUGAAUCGCACGCUGAGAAGAUCGACCGGCUGCGCAGCUAUUUGAAGAAGGGCGACCAUCAUGCUAUGAUUGUGAGCAUGCUCGACGAGGUCGCUUGGCUCUUCAACCUCCGUGGCUCCGAUAUCCGGUACAAUCCUGUAUUCUUUGCCUAUGCGAUAGUGACCACGGACAAGACCGUCUUGUUCGUGAAUCCUGCGCAAAUUGACGAUACAGUCCGCGCCCAUCUGGGAGAAGAAGUGGACAUUCGUUCAUACGACUCGUUCUUCUUGUAUUUGAAAGAGCUCGGGGCAGAAGUUGGUAUCAGCAGAAAAUCAAAGGUGCUCAUCGGCGACAAGACAAGUCUGGCGGUUGUGGAAGCUAUCGGAGCUGAUCAUGUCGUGGUUGCGCGUUCUCCAGUUGCGGAUUUCAAGUCCAUCAAGAAUGCGACCGAGAUUGAAGGUUUUAGGCAGUGCCAUAUCCGCGAUGGCGCUGCUCUUGUACGCUACUUCGCGUGGCUCCAAGAUCAGCUUGACAAUGGCGCUCAAUUGGAUGAAUGCCAGGUGGCAGAUCAAUUGGAGCGGUUUCGCUCUGAAUUGGACUUAUUUCGUGGGCUGUCAUUCGCUACAAUAUCGGCCACUGGUCCAAACGGCGCAAUCGUUCACUAUAAACCCGAGCCUGCUGAUUGUGCUGUCGUUCAGAAGGACCAGAUCUAUCUGUGUGACUCAGGAGGUCAAUACACCGAUGGGACCACUGAUGUUACGAGAACAUUGCACUUUGGCACGCCGACGCCAGAAGAACGGCGCGCCUUUACUCGCGUGCUGCAGGGCCACAUCGCGAUCGAUAUGGCUGUUUUCCCUAGCGGCACAACUGGAUAUGUCAUUGAUGCAUUUGCCCGAAGAGCGUUAUGGGAAGACGGCCUCGAUUAUCGUCACGGAACAGGGCAUGGUAUUGGCCACUUCCUCAAUGUACAUGAAGGUCCACAAGGCAUCGGCGUCCGUAUAGGUGCAGUACCCGUAUUUCUCCUUGCGUAUAACAACACUCCUCUCAAGCCCGGAAUGAUACUCUCCAACGAGCCGGGAUACUAUGAGGAUGGUAAAUUUGGAAUCCGUAUCGAGAGUGUCAUGAUCGUCCGCGAGGCACACACCCCGAACAGAUUUGGUGACAAAGAUUACUUCAAAUUCGAAACUCUCACAAUGGUCUGUCCAUCUCCACAAGCCACACGUACAUGUCACCUAAUAGUAGCUAUUUGUACAACCGCAGUGUCCCAUACAGAAUAA